GAGAGACUCGCCCGAUGUGGUGAUGCCGGAAGAUAGAAAGCAGGAACUGCUGCACUGCCCCCCAGGAGAGGGUCUAUAUUCCUCGGGCAGGAGAGGAGCGUGUCGCUUCUCUGCCAGACUGACCGCGGCCCUCGGGCUGAGAGUGACCGGUUUCGGCGCGGAUGGGUCCUUCCCCGGCCCGGCGGAACAGGAUAGGUCGCGCCAGUUCCCGCUCAGACCGGUAGCGCUAAGCGCCGGGCGCCGUCGGAGCGCUUAAGGGGGCACCGGAAGCCGCCACAGCGAGCGUGUCCGGGCCGGUGGCAGAACCCGGCCAGUCCUGCCCGCUCUCUGGUGGGCAGAGUGGCCCCGCCUCCUCUGGAAUAUACAUAUAUUCUAGUCUCCCCUCGCUCUCCUUGAGGCGAGUUUGGUUGCGUGGGGCCGCCUUUUUCUUCCGGUGCAGCAGGACCGGGAACUGCGGAGUCAAAUCCAGGGCGAGCCGCCCGCCUUACCCGGGCAUUGACAAAACAAAUAUGUUUCCUCUCAUACGACGAUGCUGCUUCAACACACCUUCCAAGCUGCAGAAGAUGACUGAUCCCAGACUGCUCCUCUAUGGCAAGAAUAAGACAACUUGGUCUUCCUUCGCCCUCCAGCUGCGGAGAGAUGCGUGUCCUCUCUCAACAUCUCUGAGCCUCAAACCAGCAUCGGUUUACACAACCAAGCUCCAGGCUUUUCACACCUCUCUCCCCGUUUUCAAGAAGAAAACCCCUGCAGAACCUGAGGCAGAAUCACAAAAAAGCCUGGAAUCACUAAAGGAUUCUCCCAAGCCAGCCCUUUACUUAAGCCUUGGGGGGCUAAUUCCAUUUGUGGCCGUGCCCCUGGCCAUGGCCAUCCAGGGGACCUACUGCCCAGAGCUGGCCUUUGCUCAGGUUGCCUACGGUGCUGCCACAGCAUCUUUCCUAGGGGGAAUGAGGUGGGGGUUUGCUCUCCCGGAAAACAGCCCAGCCAAGCCAGACUGGCUGAACCUGGCUAAUGGCAUAGUUCCUCCUCUGCUUGCCUGCCAAGCCUUGCUUUUCAAAGAUAUCACUCAGGGAGCAGUAAUGCUUGUGCUGGCCUUAGGGAUAACGCUGCAUUACGACAUUUCCCUUCUUCCUACUUACCCCAGGUGGUUUAAAGUACUGAGGGUAGUGGGAACGGUGGUGAUGGGAUUAUCCCUGUUGGCCACUGUAGCACUGAAAGCUGUCCUAGAGGUGGAGCAAAGUGAUGACAGAAAGAUAUGGCAGAACACAAAUUAAUAAAUGAAUAAGGAAAAGCUAUUAUCUGCCAAUAAGGUACUUGUAUGGAGUUCCAGGAGAAAUAAAGACUGAUUUGUGCUUAUAA